AAGCAGCUCUCUCAAGCUCUUACAUCUCUCUUCCCUUCAUUUCUCUAUCUUUUUAUCCUCGUCACGGUCCUUCGUACACAAUGCGAAGAGUAGCGCUCUCUGCUCUGCUCGUCGUCGCUGCUACCAGCGUUGCGGCGACAGAGGAUCCCAAACCCGUCUUCAAGGUCAGUUCCAACUGAGAUCAAGGCCCCCUUCCUUGAACAGUUCACUGACGACUGGUCAGACCGGUGGACACCUUCAGAAGCCACCAAGAAGACCCCCGUCGGUGGCGAGACCUUCAGUUAUGUUGGCAAGUGGGAAGUCGAAGAACCCAUCACCCCCGUCAUCGAGGGCAAGAAGGGUCUGGUCGCAAAGACCAAGGCUGCUCACCAUGCCAUCUCUGCUCCUUUCGAGAAAACCAUCGACUUUGGUGACAAGCCUUUAGUUGUCCAAUAUGAGGUCCAGUACCAGAAGGGCGGCAACUGCGGUGGUGGCUACCUUAAGUUGCUUGAAGAUGGUUUCCAGACCGCAGGUAAGGAGUUUUCUGACAAGACUCCUUGGACCAUCAUGUUUGGUCCCGACUUGACUUGCCCCGGAACAAAGAUUCACUUCAUCUUCCGUCACAAGAACCCAGUCACUGGCGAGUUUGAGGAGAAGCACCUUAAGCAACCACCCAGACCUUCCAUUGAGAAGCUCACUAACUUGUAUACUCUCGUUCUUCACCCUAAUAACACUUACGAUGUUCUGUUCAACGGCGAGAGCCACAACCUCGGUAACCUGCUUGAGGAUUUCGCCCCUUCUGUUAAUCCCCCCAAAGAGAUCGAUGAUCCCGAUGACAAGAAGCCUGAGGACUGGGUUGACCAGAAGAAGAUUGCUGACCCUGACGCCAAGAAGCCUGAGGACUGGGACGAGGAUGCACCCUACGAGAUCCCCGAUGAGGAGGCCGUUAAACCCGAAGGCUGGCUCGAUGACGAGCCUGAAUUCAUUCCUGACCCCGACGCUGAGAAGCCCGAAGAGUGGGAUGACGAGGAAGACGGUGAUUGGAUCGCACCCACUAUCCGCAACCCCAAGUGUGACGAGGCUCCUGGAUGUGGCGAGUGGAAACGCCCAUUCAAGCCCAAUCCUGCUUACAAGGGCAAGUGGUAUGCUCCUCUGAUUGACAACCCCGCAUACAAGGGCGAGUGGGCUCCCCGUAAGAUCCCCAACCCUGAGUUCUUCCAGGACCUCACUCCCGUCAAGAGCCUCAAGCCCAUUGGCGGUGUUGGCAUCGAGCUCUGGACUAUGACUGAGGACAUCCUUUUCGACAACAUCUACAUUGGUCACUCUGUUGAGGACGCGAAGAAGCUCGCUGACGAGACCUUCCACGUUAAGCGUCCCCUCGAGGAGGCUGCUAACAAGGUUGCCAACAAGGUUGACGAGGAGGAGGGUGAGGAGGAAGUUUCCUUCAAGGAUGACCCUGUUGCCUUUAUCCGCGGCCGAGUCUUCAAGUUCGUUGACGCCGCUAAGGUUGAUCCCAUCACCGCUUUCAAGACUCAGCCCGAGACCGGUGCUGGCCUUGCUCUUGCUGUUGUCACUUUCUUCGGUAUGAUUGGUGCCCUCUUUGGCCUCGUUGGCGGACAACAGGCUCCUGUUACCAAGUCCACAAAGAAGACUGAUGCUCCUACUCCCGACGACAAGCAAAAGACCGAGACUGCUCCCGUGGCCCCCGCAGGUGGUGAGAAGGCCGAUACCCCUGUCAAGAAGCGGAAGUAAUCGCGAGGUUCUUAGGCAAAAGCAGACGAAGGAGGUUCAUGUUGAGGUUCUUCCUAUUUUUCCCAGCUUACUGCUCAUCUGUAUUGGUUUCGUACAUAUAUAAUCUUGGGCUCAUGAGGAUAAAAUCCUUGCGUUCCGCCGUGUGAUCUGUGCAAUUAUUACAUGUUCUUGAGCUACAGGUGACAAUGUUGCUGCGAUGACACAGCAGAUGUGCAUAUGUGAAUCCAUGUCUAGAAAUACAGACUUGCUGCGAACACAACUGGAAGCCGAUG